CUCUCUCUCUCUCUCUCUCACACACACACACACACACACACACACACACACACACGCCCUAAGGUAAAAAUCACUCUGUGCUCUCUGCCUGCCUGUCUCUCUCUCUCUCUCUCUCACACACACACAUGCCCUAAGGUAAAAAUCACUCUGUGCUCUCUGUAAGUGCCUCAGGUUCUACACUUCAUUGCUGUGACAGUCCGCCUCCCUGAGGUGCCUGUGCAGACCUGCUAUUUCCUUCUGUCAAGAAGCUGUUAGUUCACUCCCACCUGGUUUGGAAGAGUCCAGGGGGCCGUUCUCCGUCUCGCAGCCCCGUCUCUCCCCACCGCCUUCUAGCCCGUCUUGGCUGCAGUGGCCUGGCAGGCGGGCUGGCGAGGGAUGAAGCAGACAAAGGUCCACUUGUAACCUCCUUCCAGCACCUCCUCUUUUCUCCUUUUGCCCAAACUCACCCAGUGAGUUGGAGCAUUUAAGGAGAUUCCUCUGCCAAGAAGACCAAAGGAAAGAAGAAGAAAAAGGAGCCAAGAGCCAAAAUGAAAUUUACAGUACUUGCUGUCGCCGUUGGACUAACUUUGCUGCUAGGACUCCAAGCCAUGCCUGCAAACCGCCUCUCCUGCUACAGAAAAAUACUAAAAGAUCGCAACUGUCACAGUCUUCCAGAAGGAGUAGCUGACCUGACGAAGAUUGAUGUCAAUGUCCAGGAUCACUUCUGGGAUGGGAAGGGAUGUGAGAUGAUCUGUUACUGCAACUUCAGCGAACUGCUCUGCUGCCCAAAAGAUGUCUUCUUUGGACCGAAGAUCUCUUUUGUGAUUCCUUGCAACAAUCACUAAACAUCUUCACGUAUUCCAGACAAACCACCCACAAUUCCCCGCAAACCGCGCUAUAAUAGUGUAACUGUAUUUCUGAUUUCUGUGCCAUGCAAUAAAGCACAGAUUCUACAAAUUCUUACUUGUCUAAGCAAACUUGUGUUAAAUAAGUAGUAAUAAAAAUUCAAUUUAAUUUUU